AUGUUCUUCUCACUCCUCACCAUCGCACCUUCACAGACCUUAGGACUCAUCACAGCCUAUCUGCACCAAGCCUUCUGGUGCUGUGCCAUCGAAAUAGCAAUCCGGUGGCCCAUCGAGGUUUUUCCAUACCUGAAAGAGCACCACAUGUUUCCGAGGCUACUUCAAAGCCUGGAUCCCUUCAUCAGCCUUUUCUGGACCGAGAUGUCCAUCCACAUCGUCGCACGGGCGGUACAGCCAUUCAUUGCGUUAUUCAAUGAUACGGUGCUCAAAAAUGACACGGAGGAAGGACCGAUCACCCUAUGCCGCGCGGUCAGUGUCACGCACGGGUCCCUGACCCAUUUGCUCAUCACCAUGGCCCUUUAUUUGGAGCGGAUAACAAUGGGGACAUUUGUGACGAGUCUCCAAAUCGCCCGAGAAUCCUUUCACGGUUCAGAAUACUGGGUGUAUAUCGUGGCGGCUGGUGCUCUGUUCGUUAUAGUCUACGUGUACGUAUGGAAAGUCCAAGGAUGGUACGAACAAGAGUAUUGGGAUCCACAGCUGCGUGAUAUAGGUAGAUGGCGCCCGACGAUCCCCAGGGAGAUGAUCAAGAGUCUGUGUCUUCGGCUCAUCUGGGUCCUCGAGGCGUGGCUCUGGGGGGCGGUACCUCGGGGCUACCUCAGGCCUGGGCUAUGGUGCUGCCCCGAGUUGGCGGCGUUGUGGCCCGAGAGCGAGUUGAUUCAGUUCUUUGCCGAGUCGCCGGCCAGGAUCCCGUCCUUUGCGCUCGAGGCGCUCUGGAACCAAGGGGCGCUUCGUGAACGCCAUGUCGACCUGUGGCGGAAGACCGGCCUCACCAGAGAAUACGUGCUGAGGGAUCAUGAGCUUCGAUGGCAAGAGUUGGCAUUUUCAGGCUUGUGGAAUUCGAUCGGGCUGGGUUGA